AUGGUGGUGGUGAAUCUCCCGUUUCGGCUUUACGCCAGCACUUACAGCGAGUUUGAGUCCCUGGUUGGUGUGUACAAGAGCGUUCCAUGCCACAUCGCUUUGGCCUUCGCCAGAGACUACGACAGUCGCGGCAAUCCCACGCCCGGAGAAUUCCAUCCCUAUUUCAAUAUUACUGACAUCACUCCCGAUGAUAUCCUCAAAUUCAAACAGACGAAGGAGCAUGCCAAGUUCUUCUUGAGCAUUGGAGGGCGGAGUGAGAAGUAUCCCUUCAAUCUUCCCACAGGUGAGUGGGUUCCUAGAGCCGUCGACUCCCUCAAAGAGAUCAUCCGAAGCUACCAUUUCGACGGCGUCGACGUUUACUACCAACACAUAGAUGCCAGCCUAGAUCCUAAUCAGUUUGUGGAGGCCUGGCAGAAGACGAUUAAGAGGCUGCAGGAUGAUAUCCCCAGCCUGGAGGUGUCACUCAUGUGCCACCUCCUCGGGACGACUUGUACUACUGGCCCCUGUACCUGGCAUGCGCCGACGGCAUUGACUAUGUGA